AUGGGGUCUUAAGGUCAAAGAAUGAUAAUAAGCUGCUUGCAUGAACAACCUGUUAAAACACUCACCAAACAUUAAAUGCAAACGAUUUUGACUCCAACUUGGAGGAUUUUUAUUUUAUUUUAUCGUGCCAAAACAUAUAUGACAGAAGUUUUCAUUAAAUGUUGUCCUUAGUUCAUUAAAAUGUCAGGAAAAAAUGAAAGUGUGUGGUGUUUACUGCCCUUUUUUUUGUCCCAGUUUGACUUUGAGCUUUUUUUAAGCACUUUCAAGUAGUGAAUGUAGUUAAAGUACUCCAAUAUCUUAAUAUGAUAGCCUUUGAUGUUUGAAAAAAAAAUAUUCUAGACAGUCAUGAAACUUUCCAGGCGUAACGUUUGAUCUGAAAGCAGACGGGCAGAGCUAAAAGGUUGUAAAAUAGCAUGUAAACACGCUCCCAGGUUCCACUCCCUGAUGGGUUGAGGCUUUCCACCUGAUGGGGAAAGUUGCUGUCACUCAUGUUCAUUAGAUGUUGGGCAUUAGAUUCCCUGCAGGUUGGGAUGGUGGGCUUACAGAAAUGUAAACAUGAAUGAGGGAAGUUACUGUCAGUCGCUUGAAUCUGUUGAUAAAGAUGGUGUCCAAACCUUCUCAAAAGUCAUAUUGUUGACCAAACUCUAUCAAAACAAGUAAGUUUGAUUCAGAUAAAACAGCAAAAUUGAAAACCAGCAAAUGGACAUAUUAGGGACUUAAAUCUUUUUCUUUGUGGUAUUUCUUUCUUUUUAUUUGCUGAACUUCUUUUUUAUCUGUUUUAAAUGAACAAACCCACGCGGGGACACGUGAAGCUCGCUGGUGAUGAAACUGGAUCCAAAAGAGCAAACCCGCUCUCCCUCUGUCAUUACAUUUGCACACAAAGACCUUUUCAGAGUGCGCAAGUUCAGACGCAUGAAGUGGAGCGCUCAGGGUGUCCUCGUGAAGAGAUGAGGAGUCCAGUGAGGUUCCAGAGAGAAAUCUGACUUAGUGGAGCGCAGAGAGUCUGUGGGGGUGCGGAGUUGGCUUUGGAGAGGUCUUGGCGCAGGAGAGGAGGAGGUCCCGGGUGAAACAGAGGAGGCAGGACUUCGUGGCUCGGAGGUGCGCUCCGACACCAGAGGCCUGCUUUAUUAUAAGGGGAGGAGGACACACAGGUCGACUCUCCGCAGAGAGCCAAAAGAGGAAGAUGCAGUCCACGUUACGACCAGUACAGUCGACAUCCAGCAUCCAUGCGAGCGGAUCUGAGGACUAGAACCGCACUUACUCUUGAAUUCCUUAGUAUUCCUGUUGGCGGCUUGGCUCGCGCUCUUAUCAGUCUGCAAGUGUUGGUCGGAGCUCCGGUCCUCCCGGUCUUUCUUUGCGGCUUGGACAGUUUCUGACAGCGGAUGAGGACUUAGAUCCAUUUUUGCAACUUGAUGCCCCCCUCGACUCCUCUCUGGAGGCUUCCCGUGCAGGACUUGUGACUGAUCCUUCUUCAUAAAUGCGUGUGAUCCCGCUCCGGACCUCUGCUCCGAGCACAGGACCUGCGCAGUCCCGCCGUCUCCUGCCCGCCAGCGCGUCUUUGUCAUUCUAAUGUCGCUGUGAUUGUUGCGCGUCUGGCUGAUGUCUCUGCAUUUCAUCACAUAUUGACAAACGGAGUUUGUCUCUCCAGGCUGUAAAGCAGACAAACGAUUGGAAAGGUCUCACCCUGAUCAUGGAUUUUUAACCUUUUCUCUCCAACUGAUUUUUUGGAAUACUUCACUUAGUUGUCCCCAUCAAACAUUUGAAACUUUUUCUUGGAGCAGUCUUGAGGAUGUUGUUCUGCUGCUCGAACCCUCUCUCCAAGUCCACCUGUAAGUUUUUCAUCUGCUUUUUAUGGCUGCUACAAACGCCCCUGUCUUCCUUUCCGCUAAUUACAGGCACUGAAGCCAGCUGCGAGAAUGAAGGAGAGGUGCUCCACAUCCCCAACAUCACUGACAACCCCUGCAUCACCUGUGUGUGUCUGGAUGGGAAAGCGGACUGCAAACAGGAGAAAUGCCAGCCAGUGUCUGAAGACUGCGCUCUGGUCGUGAAACAAACCGGAGCCUGCUGUGAGAGGUGUAAAGGUUGCACGUUAGAUGGACGAUCCCAUAACAGCUCCGAGUCAUGGAUCAGCUCCACCAAACCCUGUAAAAGCAGCCGCUGUCAGGAAGGUGUGAUCACUGAGGCCGAGGUACAGUGUGUCAUCCACUGCAGGAACCCCAAAACCCACCCAAAGAAGUGCUGUCCCACCUGCCCCGGUUGUAUCUUGGAGGGUCACCUGUAUAAAGAGAUGGAGGAGUUCAGUCCGGAGGGGAAGCCCUGCAUCAAGUGCACAUGCAGUGGAGGGCGGACUCUCUGCAUGAAGGAGGUGUGUCCUGUGCUGUCUUGCCCCGCCUACCUCAGCCACACCCCAGCUGGACAGUGCUGCCCCACAUGCAUCGGUCAGAGGAAGGUGUUUGAUCUCUCAUUAGGAAGCUGUCUAUUCCAUAGCGAGGUCUAUGAGAACGGCACCUCAUUCCUACAUGACAACUGCACCACCUGCACCUGCAAGGAUUCAACUGUGGUCUGCAAAAAGUCCUGCUCCCGGCCAGGGAGUUGCCAGGGCAACCAGUGCUGCGACCCGUGUGUGUCCUACGUGAAAGUGGAGGAAGUGCAGUACUGCAGAGUCCGCAACAAAAUCUACAGGGAAGGAGACAUGUGGUCAUCGAUGAACUGCACCCUCUGUGCUUGUGUCAAAGGCAGUAUCGAGUGUCGGCCCAAAAAGUGUGUCCCCAUCACCAGCUGCCCCCCGAACAAGAUACUAAACCGAACCGGCUGCUGUCCAGUUUGCACUGAAAAACCAGGUGUGUGCACAGUUUUUGGAGAUCCUCACUACAACACCUUUGAUGGGCGGACCUUUAACUUUCAAGGAACCUGUCAGUAUGUUUUGACCCAAGACUGCGGUGGCAGCCCCUCCGGGCUGGAAAACAACCCAGACUCCAACUUUAUGGUGUUGGUGAAGAAUUAUGCUCGGCGAACUCGCCAUUUCUCUUGGACGCAGUCUGUUGAGGUGAGGUUGGGCUCUGUGAUCCUCAGUCUGCACCAGCACCUGACAGUCCGCAGGAACGGCACCCGCAUCGCUCUGCCGUACCACGGCCCCGGCGUGCACAUCGACCUGGACGGGUAUUUGCUGAAACUCACCUCCAUCGCAGGUCUGGAGAUCACGUGGGAUGGUGACAGUUUUGUGGAAGUUGUAGCUGCUCCUCACCUGCGUGGACGCCUGUGCGGCCUUUGCGGUAACUACAACGGUCACAAACGAGACGACACCAUGGGGGGCGACGGACAGUUAAAGUUCGACGUGGACGAAUUUGCUGAGUCAUGGCGAGUUGAGGGAAACGAGGUUUGCUCCCAGCAUCAACCUCGUAGACCCAGCUCCUUUCUGUGUCCUGGAAGCCCCAAAGUUAAGUUUCGGGCUCAUCGAGAAUGCCAGAGGAUCAAAUCUUGGGAUUUUCAGAAGUGUCACAGUGUGGUGGACUUUGCUCCUUUUUACAGGUCAUGUAUUACAGACAUGUGUGAGUGUCCCAUCCAUAAAAAUUGCUACUGUGAGUCAUUCAUCGCUUACAGCCGGGCCUGUGAAAGGGAGGGAGUGGUGGUUCAAUGGAAACCGGACAACGUUUGUAUGGCCACCCAGUGUAAACACGAUGCCGUGUACGACACCUGCGGUCCUGGUUGCACUAAAACCUGUGAUAACUGGAAUGAGAUCGGCCCGUGUCAGAAGCCCUGUGUGGCUGGCUGCCACUGCCCCGCCAACCUGGUGCUCUUCCAUGGACGCUGCAUUAAACCCACAGCCUGCCCCGGACGGUGACCUUUGUUAUCCCGGUGAGACGGGGGCAACGAGUGUGCCUCGAGCAGCCACGGCGACUUUAGGACUCUAAAGGGCCUCAGCUCAACCAAUCAGGUGCUCCAAAAUCCAGAACUUUGCUAUAGGUGUUUUUCAGUGUUGGAGGUGCUGUGUGGGAACAGACUGAAGGCUGAUCAUUGCCACAAACUGCCAGCCCCUAAAGUCUUUUUUUUCCCCUCAUGUGAUGCCCAACACAAGAGGCGAUUAUUAUAUCUCAGAUGGACCAUAAAGUCAAGGCGUCUAGCAUAUCUGAGCAAACGUUGGGCUAAAGGACUCCUCCUAAAGCCUAGCAUGGCAUGAUUUCCUGCACUGAAGUGGGACUCUGUGUAGCAGGAUUCAAUAUGGAAAUGACUUCCAUCAUUUCAUACUGUAAGCUAAGCAGAUUUAUAUGGAAAAAGACACACACGACAGCUGUUAUUUUAUUAUUGCCAUGAUAUUAUUAUUGAUAUUUGUUGUUGACUUUAAUUUAUAUAUCAGAUAAUUGACAUGUUGUAGCAAGAGCCAGAUUCAUGAAUAUAAUUGCUUUAUAAAAGUUUUAAAGGGAAACAAAAGCUAUUUAUGUAUUUGUUGUGUACUUUAGUGUUACUGUUUGAAGAGGAAAAUGCUCAAAUGUGACUCAGCUGUUGCACCACCGCAGGGAAAAAGUACUGUAAUGUAUUAUGCUUUGUGUACAGGGCGUUGUGGAAAAAAAACAAACUGAAGGUAUUCGUGUAAACAUAUGUUUCACUUGAUAGGAAUUAUUUAAAAAAAAACAGCAAUAUAAUCUUUUUUUUAAGGUUUACUUCUGACUGCCAUCUUUAUUAUUUGGAAUUACGUGGAAAGUCUUGUUAGGAAAACAAAGAAACUAAAUAAAUGUGAAUUUAUAGAUUUAUGACUAUAAAUAACACAAAAGCAAAAUCUAUGGAAUGACAGGAGUGUCACAAAUAUGGAAAAUAUAUACAAUGAAUCACAAUUAUACAGAAAAA